AUGUUCUCUCUUACAGCUCCUCCUCCACCUCCGUCGUUUUCAUCACUUCCAGAUGAAAUUGUUUUGAGCUUCUUAGCCCGGAUCUCGAAAUCUUACUACAGCUCCCUCUGCUUAGUCUCCAAGAGUUUCUACUCUCUCCUCUCUUCUCCGGAGAUCUACUCGGCUCGAUCCGAAAUCGGAGCUAGAGAGCCUCGCCUCUAUUUGUGUCUACGGUUACCCAAGUCCCCCGAUCAUCAUCAUAGCUGGUUCUUUCUCGGCGAGAUUGAGGGCGAGUUGAGUUCAGUACCGGUAAGACUCUCUUCCUCGCAUUCUCUCGAACGAUUAAACUCAACCACUGUUGCCGUGGGUCCCGAAAUCUACCAAAUCGGCGGAAGCAACGACAACAAACUUUACUCCAGUGCCGUUGAUGUUUUUGAUUGCCGGAGUCACAUGUGA